GCUUUGUAUUGGGUGGCGAAAUAAUUACUCAAAUGAACGGAUUCAGGUACACUGAAGGUGCCAAAAUGAUUGUCAGCAUGUUUAUUUCAACGAACUAUGCUGAAUUGGUUGAACUAUUGCAUGAGAAGAUGGGGACAAAUAGUGAAAAUAUUCAAAUUGAUAUUUCUGGAAAAUAUCCAUGCUCAUUUCAAGGUAACAAUACAAGGUUCAUUGAGUUUAAAAUUGAGAAUGACCAGUCCUUGCUACAAUUUUUCUCCAUACCGCAAAAAUUUGUGAAUAAGAUCGAUAUAAAUAUUUUGGAGAUUUAUGUAAAGACCAAACCAGCAAAUCAAAAUAAUAUAUUUCAAAUGAGUGGUCAGCAUGGUUAUCACAUGAAUUUGUUGGCUCAAAAUUAUGGAUUUGCUAUGGCCAGUCAGCCUCAUUUUGCAGAACCGAUUAUUCAACCAUCAUUCCAGCAGUUACCGAUGCACGACAAUCCAAAUUUCUAUAAUCAAUCUCACACCAAUGUGUCAUCAUAUAGUGCGACACAUGGUUUCCGUCAAUCAUUUGGUGCAGGUCCUAGCACGCAUGGUCAUUGAUCAUUUGAUGAAGGCUCAAGUAGUCAAAGACGUACUAGUAGUAGCCACGGAGAAUAUGAGGCCAGAGAAGCUGAGGCUAGCAUUGAUAUGUAUAAUGAUGCAAAUGCUGAAAUUAGCUCUGAAAAUUCAGAGGAUGACGGCCCUUCAAGAGAGGAUGAAGAGAGUGAAAGAGAAAGUGAACCUGAUGAAUAUAUCGAUGAUAGUGGAGAUUUACUUCAAAAUAAUAUUGGUGUAA